CGUCUCUCCGUCCUUCUCGUCACCACUGCCACCUCUUCUAGCUAACCUCGCCCAACAUGCAUCUCAUGUACUCCCUCGAUUCGCAGGGGAAGGUGCGCAUCUCACCUUGGCUCAUCAGCUUCGACUCCUCGCGAAUACCUUUGCUGACCAUCCGCCUUUCCUCGCCUUGUUCGCACCUCUCCCUUCUCCCUUUUCCUUUCCUCUCCUUCGUCCCCAAUCACCUCUCGCAGCGCGUCUACACCCUUCGCAAGGCUACCCCUGCAAACGAGAUCACCAAGUCGGCACACCCUGCCCGUUUCUCUCCUGAUGACAAGUUCUCGAGGCAUAGGGUUACCGUUAAGAGGCGCUUUGGGAUUCUGCCAACGCAGUUGAGGGCGAAGCCGCUUUAGAUUGGCGAGAGGAGGGUAUGAGGCGGGAAGGCAAGAGGAUGCGGGAUGGGAGGGGAUGCUUGGUGAUUGAGAGCUUAAGAUGUAGCUUCUGAAGGGCAUGAGGAGUUGAGGGCUCGAGGUAGCGAGGGAUGAGAGGAGAGACGGUGUGAGACAACUUCGGUGGACGAGGCUGCACGUCCACUUGCAAGUUUGGAGAGGCGAGGGAUAUCCCGGGGCAGGCACCAGUCCUGCUUUUACACACGCAAUAGCGAUCCUGUAUCAUCACCUGAACGGAGGCGUCGCUGCCUUGCUCAGACCCUGAGAAGCAGUCCUCUUGCCCUUUCUCGAUAUUGUCGGCACAAUCUGGCCCGCUGUCGGGGCACUGCUGGGCG